AAACGUCAGUCAGCUGAGUAAACUCAAGGCAGCGCACUACUGCGACUGCGAAUAAAAAAACCAGCCAACAAGACAGUCAAAAUCUAAUCAGUUAUAUUACAAAAUCUCGCAAAUAAUAGCGACAAGCAGUGCGAUGGACGUACUUUUGCAGUACAGUUGUUUACGACUUUAACCGGUGGAAGUAGUGAUCAAUAAUCAAUUAUUUACAUUUUUACAAUACAUUCUAUUCGUGCUACAGCGCAGAUUUCGUCACAAAAUGUGAAUUAGUGUGAAGGUCACAUAACAAGUCUGUUGCCACUUGCCAAUUAUUGCUAAGCUAUCGUCGGUGGCCAGUAGUGUAGUUCCUCGUCCCGCGUGUUUACGUAACGCGACGCACCUGACCAGCUGUGACCCUUUCUACGUAAGAACAAAGCGUCCAGGAUGCUGAGUAUAUGCUUCCGAACAGUGCGCAAACCGCGCCUGCUGGAGCGGGCGUACUCGAGCGUUGUCGAACUUCCCCGCCUGCCCGAUUUCGGCGUUCGAAAUGAGCCCAUCUUGGAGUACCGCGCCGGGAGCGUGGAGCGGUGUGCGCUGGCGUGCGAGCUGCAGAGAGCCAUGUGCAUGACGGAGGAGGUGCCUAUUGUGAUCGGCGACGAAUGCAUCAGGGACGGCGAGCCGCGCUACCAGGUCAUGCCGCACUGCCACGGACGCCGGAUCGCCAAGUAUUACUAUGCGAGCGAAAAGACCAUCCAGAAAGCUAUCGACACUGCCGUGAAAGCGCAAGUCGUCUGGGAUCGCACUCCAUUCGAAGUCAGGAUAGAGAUCUUCUCAAGGGCAGCAGAGAUGAUGGCUUGCCAAUACCGACAGAGUCUCAAUGCUGCCACCAUGAUGGGCCAAUCCAAAUCAGUGAUCCAAGCUGAAAUAGAUGCUGCAUGUGAAUUGAUUGAUUUCUUCCGUUUCAAUGUGUAUUUCUUAAAAGAGAAUUUGAAAUAUCAACCAAUCUCUGAAAACCCCCACGUGACUAGAAAUUCUUUAAGAUUCAGAGGUCUAGAUGGUUUCAUUGCAGCUAUUGCACCGUUCAACUUUACAGCCAUAGGUGGCAAUCUGGCGUACACUCCGGCCCUAAUGGGCAAUGCUGUGUUGUGGAAACCUUCAGAUACUGCUGUUCUAUCCAACUGGAGGAUUUUCAACAUCUUACGUGAAGCAGGCAUGCCUCCAGGAGUAGUCAACUUCCUCCCAGCUGAUGGGCCUGUAUUUGGAAAAACCAUUACAUCAUCACCUUAUCUGUCUGGCAUCAAUUUCACAGGGUCCGUUCCAACCUUCAACUGGCUGUGGAAUGCAGUUGGCAAAAACCUUAGUGUCUACCACAACUAUCCAAGGCUAAUUGGUGAAUGUGGAGGUAAAAACUACCAUUUCGUACACCCAACAGCUGAUGUAAAGUCAGUAGUGGCGGGCACAAUUCGGUCCGCUUUUGAGUACUGUGGCCAGAAGUGCUCAGCUUGCUCCAGAAUGUAUAUUCCCAAGUCUCUGGCUGACAGUAUUAAACAUGGAUUGAUAGUUGAAGCUUCUAAGUUGAAGAUUGGAGAUGUCACAUGUGAUUUCAGUACAUUUACCGGCGCAGUAAUUGAUGACAAGGCCUUUGCAAGAAUCACAGGCUAUAUUGUUAAUGCUAAGAAAAAUCCUAAGAACACAAUCUUGGUCGGAGGUCAGUUUGACUGCAGUCAGGGCUACUAUGUGAUGCCAACAAUCAUAGAGACGACAGACCCUCAUGACAAGCUGAUGACUGAGGAGAUCUUUGGCCCCGUGCUGACCAUAUACGUGUAUGAUGACGCCCAAGUGCACAAAGCAUUGCAACUGGUGGGUAGUUCCACGAAAUUCGCUCUGACGGGCGCCGUGUUCGCUCAAGACAUGAACUUCCUGAAAUUGGCGCUGGAUGAGUUGAAAAUGACGGCUGGCAAUUUCUACCUGAACGACAAGUCGACAGGGUCCGUGGUGGGCCAGCAGCCGUUCGGCGGCGGCCGCAUGUCCGGCACCAACGACAAGGCCGGCGGACCCAACUACGUGAUGCGCUGGACCACGCCGCAAUCCAUCAAGGAGACCUUCGUACCCAUCACAGACAUAAACUACAAGUACAUGUCUGAAUAAGAACUGAACAAACAGCUGUUCCUUAUCAGGUCUCCGAUCAUGCCUGUAUAAACAGCAUCAAAUAAAUUAUCAGUACAAUAAUAGUUUAUGGAAAUUUAGUAUGUAAUAACUUUGUACUUGUAAGACCUCUUUGCCGUGGCUCUCACGCCAGUCCCAGUUUGAACCCAGGAUGGUUCCAUUGGCAGAUUGGUCAAAUUUUGCUACUCCAUUUCCAUAUAAUAAAAUUCCGUGGUUCUGGUGUGUUGUGAAAAUCUAAUAGUUACUGUUUUGUAUGAGAAAAAUGUUUGGAUUAAUAUUACCACAUUAUAUUAGAAAGAUGGUCUUAGAUAGGAUAGCAUUGUUUACAUUAUUGACAAAACAUAGGAAUGUCUACUGUUUCAGAUGGUGAAAUUAGUCAAGAACAUUCCUUCAAAUCUAAAAAUUAAGGAUACUAAUAGCAUUAAAUUCCUGUCUCAACCAUCUAUUUAUUUAUGUUAUCUAUAUUUACACUUAAUUUAUUAAUAUUUAUUAUAUGUACAGCGGAUGUCACUGAUAAGUAAGAAAUAUAAACAUAUAUUUAUGACCUGACUGUACAUUUCAAGCCAAUUUUAAUGUUUUCUUCACAAUCAUUUAUGUUUUAUUUUUAUGUGUAAUUUAUGAGUUAAACGACAACAUGGAUACUAAAACCGAACACUUAGGAUAAAUAAAUGUACCUAGUUGAAUAGAAAUACAUAUAAAUUGUUGCGUACCGAAAU